AUGCUUGUGCGUGGUAUUGAAUGCUGUGCUAGGGGUUGGUCGAUUGCGUUGUCAGUUCCGUGGCAGCUGCAGUGUGUCAGACACCGCGUGUCGAUCUCUUCUUUCAAGCAGUGGAAAAAUUUAUUGAUAUUCAAAAGGUAUCACCGAUACAGGUACGAUGGCCAUCACGUAUGGAGCUUGCCACAUCUGAAACCACACGAAUAUGGAUUUAGGCGCAUAGCCCGCAAACCGCCCUUCUUCAAACUGCGCAAGGUCGGGUUCCCUCAAAUUACUAGGCGGUAUUCCCCUAUAAACGAUUUUAAUCGCACGAUUCAAAUCGAGUAUAACUGGCAGAAAUACGGAACGCUAUACCACGAACUGCACGACGCAUUAAAGGAAAGCCUUCCGGGAGUGUGUAUAAACAGCGUAGCAAAGAGCGGAGACGCGACACUCAAGAUAUUGACCGAAGACGGCCGUGUUGUCUUUGACGCUGCCAAGGAUAGUUACGAAGACGCUCGUUGCGUGGUGCAACGUUGCUAUAAGAACAUGUUACUUCAUUAA